CUGCUCUCAUAUACUCAGUACCCUUGCCAGCCUUGUCAACGAACACUUGACUUCUUCCUCUGGUGAAGUGGGUUUACUUAAAUUUGCAGGGAAAAAAUGCCUCAGCUACUGAAAAGCAUCAUUGAUAUCGUCGAAGUUUACAAGCAAUAUGCACAAAGUGAUUCUGAUGGAACAGCACUGAGCAAAAAAGCCCUGAAGAAUCUUCUUCAGAGAGAAUUUGGGGACAUCCUCCGGAGACCACAUGACCCCCAGACCGUGGAAUUGGUCCUGCAACUUCUAGAUCGAGAUUGUAACGGGCGUGUUGAUUUCAAAGAGUUUCUCUUGCUAGUGUUCAAAAUAGCUCAAGCUUGCUAUUACGCGCUUAGCCAGGCCACGGGGAACGAAGAGAAGAGACGAGUUAAACUAGAGGAAAGGAGGGAAAGGUCAGAAGAGGAAGACCAGAGGAGGCGCGGCGCCCGGGAGAGGCAGCUCCAAGAGAAAGAAGAGCUGCAGCGAGCGCAACAGGAACGCGAGCCGCAGCGUAGCGAAGAGCGCCAGGAGCUGGAGAGGCCAGGGGCCUCUAAGGAAGAGCAGCUGCAGCGACAAGAGCAAGAAAGACAUCUCCAGGAGCGCGAGAGGCAGCGCCUGGAGGAAGAGCAGCUGCAAAGACCCGGGAGGGAAAGACAGAGAGAGAGGCAGGUCCGGGAAGAAGAGCAGAAACAGAGACAAGAGCUAGAACGAGAGCGUCGCCGCAGCCAACAGAGACAGGAGCGCGCAGAAGAAGGGUACAGAAGACAGGAGCAGGAGGAGAGGCAGCAAAGGGAGCGGCAGAGAGAGCGCCGGGAAGAAAGGCAGCAGGAGCGUGCAGUGCAGAGCUUGGAGGAAGAGCAGCUGCUAAGACGUCAAGAAGAAAGACAGGCCCGAGAGCAGGGCGAGAGCCGCGGCCUCCGACUGCAGUGGCAACUGGAAAGAGAAGUUCGAGGUCAGCAGAACAAACUCUACUCUAAGCCCCGCAGGCAGGAGGAUGGCCAAUUCCUGGAGGAAGAGCAGAGACGCCGACAGCAGAGAGAAGAGACACAGCGGCGUCAGGAGCGAGAGAGGCAGCUGCUCGAGGAAGAGGCGCUGCAGCGUCAGGACAGGUUCGGUCAGCUGCGGGAUGAGGACGUCGACGAUCGCUUCCAGGAGGAGCGGGAAAGACAGCGACGCGAAGAGGAGCAGGCUCGUCGGCGACAGACACGAGACCGGCAGCGGCAAGAGGAGGAGCGGCGCCGCGACCUCAAAGUCCAGUGGCUGCCGGAGGAAGAAGCCGAGAGACGCCAAAACCGACUCUAUGCCAAGGCCUCUGAGCAGGAACGUCGGGAGCAAAGAGAGAGGCAGCUGAGAGCGGAAGAACAGCUCCAGGAGGAGGAGGAGCAGCUCCAGCGCCUGGAACAGGAGGUAGAGAAGAGGCGUGCGGAGUUAGAGAAGAGGAGGCGCCGGGAGCAGCGGGACAGUCAGUACCAGGGGAAAGAGCAGCUCCAGGAGGAGGAGGAGCAGCUCCAGCGCCUGGAACGGGAGGAGAAGAGGAGGCGCCGGGAGCAGCGGGAUGGACAAUACCAGGAAGAACAGCUCCAGGAGGAGGAAGGGCAGCUCCAGCGCCUGGAAGAGGAGGAAGAGCAGAGACGGGAAGAGCGAGAGGAGAAAAGCCUUCGCCUGCAGCAGCGAGACCGGCAAUACCGCGAGGAGGAGGAGCUAGGACCUCAGGAGAGGGACGGACAAUAUCCUGAGACCGAGGAGUUCCAAGAACAGGAGAGUGACCUGCCGUUCCGUGAGGAAACCCAGAGCCGAAGUCUGAAAUGGCAGCGGCACCCCCACCAGGAAGAUGAAGCACGGAACAGAAGGCUUUACUCCAAACGUAGGGAGGGUGCACAGAGAGACUGGGAGCAAGAAGAUUCUCAAGUCCGAGACGGGCUCGCGGGAGAGAAUGACGACGAGUACGGUCGUGGAGAUCUGGACAGACCAUUCAGGAACGAGAAAUCCCGUCGGCUACAGGACAGACAGCUCUAUCAGGACGAGCAAGAAGAGCGGAGGUACAGGCAGGAGCGAGAGGAGGAGAAGCAACGUCUCCAGGAAAGAGGAAGGAUCUUCCAGGAAGAAGAACAAGGGCUCCGACAAGAAGGAGAGCAAGAAAGGAGACGCCGCCAGGAGCAAGGCGGGAAAUUCUUGGAUGAAGAACGGUUGUACCCAGAGGAACGAGAGGAAUAUGAAGAAACGAAAAGACUUCGUCAGAGCGGAGACAGGAAGUUCCGUGAGGAGCAGGAGUUUCGCAGACAGGACCAAGAGAGAAGGAAAAGAGUCCUCCAGGCCCGAGACAGACAACUCCAGGAGGAAGAGGAAUUCUACCCUCAGGAGCGAGACAGACAAUACCGUAAGGAACGGCGCUCCCAGGAAGCCCGGGACAGGCAAUUUCGGGAGGAAGAGAGCGUGCUCCGUCAGCAACGAGAGGAACAGAGACGCGGGCAGGAACCAGACAGAGAACUCCGAGAGCAAGAACAAGAGCAAAGCCUCCAUCAAGCGGUGGAAGAAGAAAGGAGACGCCGUCUAGAACAAGACAGGAAAUUCCGUGAGGCAGAACAGCUUUACAGAGAGGAGCGGGAGCAAAGACGUCGCCAGGAGCCAGCCAGGAGAUUCCGUGAGGAAGAACAGCUCCUCCGGCAGGAAGAGGAGGAAGAGCAGAGGCGCCGUCAGGAGCGGGACAGGAAAUUUCGUGAGGAGGAGCAGCUCCGCAGACAGGAGCUAGAGCAGGAGCUAGAACAGGAGCAGAGGCGCCAGGAACGGGAGAGGAAAUUCCGUGACGAGCAGCUCCGCAGACAGGAGCUAGAACAGGAGCUAGAACAGGAGCAGAGGCGCCAGGAGCGGGACAGGAAAUUCCGCGACGAGCAGUUCCGCAGACAAGAGCUAGAACAGGAGCAGAGGCGCCAGGAACGGGAGAGGAAAUUCCGUGAGGAGGAGCAGCUCCGCAGACAGGAGAUAGAGCAGGAGCUAGAACAGGAGCAGAGGCGCCAGGAACGGGAGAGGAAAUUCCGCGACGAGCAGUUCCGCAGACAAGAGCCAGAGCAGGAGCAGAGGCGCCAGGAACGGGAGAGGAAAUUCCGUGACGAGCAGCUCCGCAGACAAGAGCCAGAGCAGGAGCUAGAACAGGAGCAGAGGCGCCAAGAGCGGGACAGGAAAUUCCGUGACGAGCAGCUCCGCAGACAAGAGCCAGAGCAGGAGCAGAGGCGCCGUCAGGAGCGGGAGAGGAAAUUCCGUGACGAGGAGCAGCUCCGCAGACAGGAGCUAGAACAGGAGCAGAGGCGCCAGGAGCGAGAGAGGAAAUUUCGCGACGAGCAGCAGCGCAAACAGGAGCUAGAAGGGCAGCGGUACCGUCAAGAGUUCGACUCGCAAACGCGCGGCCAGCUCCGAGACAGGCAGUCCAGGGAGGAAGACAAGAGUCGUAGGCAGGCCCAGGAAUUUAGCUCACGUCAAAUUUCUAAACCAAUUGUCCGUUCCAGCCCACUGUAUGAAUAUAUUCAAGAGCAAAGUUCCCAAUAUCGACCAUAG